ACUUAAUCGUGACUGUAGCGGUAAAAAAUUGUCAAUCUGCAAUGUUGAUCAAUGUUGACAUAACAACUAUUUACCAUACUACAGUUUCUUCAUAAACUUUCAUGAUUAUAUGUCUAUAUUUUUAAAAUGAACAUCAAAUUGGUUUUUAAAAUUUUUUUGGUUGCAAAGGUUUUCUAAUUUUUAGGAAAUAAAUGUGAUGUGUGCAAUCAUACGCAUAAUUCAAACGUAAUAUUCCUGCAUUUAAGCAGUGUUUAUGCCUAUUUGAAGCUGCGGGAUAUUUUAAUAUUUUCAACAUGCUGCUUGGCAUUUAUAUUAUUUUAGCUUUUUACAUCUCCAGUUCUGCUUGCCAUGAUAAAAACACAUCUUGUAUUACUUGGGACGAAAUAGAAACCAAUAUGAAACUGCAUGAUGACCAUGUCCUAUGUGUUAAAGAAGAGGAAUGUUCUGGAAUGAACUGUUCAGGAUCUGCCUAUGGGUACAAUAUUAGUGCUGGUAUCAAGCUAAACUCCUGUGAUGAAUCUCCGAAUUUAAGCUUUAGUAUUGACAUUCCUAAACUAGGUGUCAAAGCUGUGAAGAAAACUGUUCAUAAUGGUGACUACAUAUUAUUAAAAGAUAAUCUGAGGAUUGAAUUUGAAAUGCAAACAAACCUGGAAGAACUUACUUUUGGGAUGUUUGCACAUUUUGUAAAUAAACAUAAUCAUUCCGUAUUAGAUAUAAUUCCUAUGAGAAUUCCUAUUUUUCAACACAUCAGUUUUCCAGUGUUACCAUGUGCAUCAUCUGGAAAUCAGAAUAUUAUUGCUGCCGAUGAAAGUGUGCACAUUUCAAAGAAGCCUAUUUUACUAUCAAAAAGUACUUCUGGCAACCAGAGUAAUUGCAGCAUCACAAAUAGCUCUUGCAAAUCUAAUGAGCUUUGUCAGCAGAUGAACAGAACACAACCUUUUGGAAUUUGCAUUUGCAUAUCAGAUUAUGAGAGGAAUGAAGAUGGAAUUUGCAUUUAUCACCCUACAUUAGAUUCUACAACUGAACCUCCUCAUUCUCAUUCAGUACCUCAAAUUUCCAAUGAUUCUAAUGUUACACUGUUAUUGACUGCAAUUCUGGUGCCGAUUGCCGUUAUAGUAGCGAUUGUCGGCAUAGUUUACGCAACCAUAAAGUUUCGUGUGUGUCAGCAUCUGAGACGCAGACUGAGGGUUCAAGUCUAUGAACAUGUGCUGUUGGGUCAGGAUGAAGAAGAUACUGAAAGUGAAUCACCCAAUCCAGUAGUGUGAUGUGUAGUUUCGUGAUCUGAGAAACAUUGUGAUAUUGAACUUUUUAGCUUUUAUUUCGAAAGUAACACUAAAAAAAAUGUUGAUAUUUUAUGCUUCAGAUAUACUCAAGAUAGGUUGGAUUUUUGAUUUUAUGUUCUUGUAUUUUAUGGAGAAAAUUAAAUAUACUAUUAUUGUUUACCCUGAUUCAUAUUGGAGUUUUAUUUUAUGGUUAGUGUAAUAUAUAUUCAAGUUUUGAUAUUCUUUUCAUAUUCAUGAGGAUGUAACUUUUAA